AGGAAACGUCAAACACUCCCUAGCAUCGGCCAAUCGUCAACUCGCGGGGGCGGUCUGUGCUCUACCAAUAUUCCCACGUGAUUCUCCUCAGUAGUUCCCAGGCGGUCACAUCGCAGUGGCGGAGACGAUGGAUCGGAGGGUGUGGUUGUGCGUUGUCAUGGCGACAGGCGUCCUUUGCCUCAGCCUGGCCCCCAUCUGUCGAGCACAGGACCUGGAUGAGGAUGACAUGGACGUGGAGGAUGACAUGGACGUGGACAUGGUGGGAGCUGACGAGGAGCUGGAGGAGGACCUGCACCACGAUGCCGCGCCUCCUAAAGCCCCACCCACUCCUAAAGUGACCUACAAGGCUCCAGAGCCCAAGGGAGAACAUUUCUUUGCUGAGUCUUUCCACCGUGGAACGCUUGACACUUGGGUGCUGUCCAGCGCCAAGAAAGACGACACAGAUGAAGAUAUCGCCAAGUAUGAUGGGGUGUGGGAGGUGGAGGAGAUGAAGGACAGCAAGCUGCCCGGUGAUAAAGGUCUGGUCCUCAAGUCUCGAGCCAAACAUCACGCCAUUUCUGCUCAGCUGCUGCGACCUUUCACCUUUGACACCCAACCGCUCAUCGUUCAGUACGAGGUCAACUUCCAGUCCGGUAUCGACUGCGGCGGUGCUUAUGUCAAGUUGCUAACUCAGACGCCUGAUCUGGACCUGGACCAGUUUGUGGACAAAACUGCGUACACCAUCAUGUUUGGACCAGACAAAUGCGGCGAGGAUUACAAGCUGCACUUCAUCUUCCGACACAAGAAUCCCACAACUGGAGAGUAUGAGGAGAAACACGCUAAGAAGCCGGACGCGGACCUGCGCACGUACUACACUGACAAGAAGACACACCUCUACACACUGGGUGAGACACUCUCACACGCAUUCAGUGGCAGAGCAGGUGAGGCUCAUUUGCGUCUCCCCCUCGCAGUGGUGAACCCAGACAACACCUUUGAGGUGCUGGUGGACCAGACAGUGGUGAACAGCGGAAACCUGCUGACAGACAUGAGUCCCCCAGUUAACCCACCCGCCGAGAUCGAGGACCCCGAUGACCACAAACCCGAGGACUGGGAUGAAAGGCCAAAGAUCCAAGACCCGGACGCCGUCAAACCCGAAGAAUGGGAUGAAGACGCUCCCGCUCAGAUUCCAGACGAAAACGCGGUCAAACCAGACGGCUGGUUGGACGACGAGCCGGAGUACAUCGGCGACCCCGACGCUGCCAAACCUGAAGACUGGGACGAGGACAUGGAUGGGGAGUGGGAGGCACCUCAGAUCCCUAACCCCGCUUGCGAGGCGGCGCCAGGCUGCGGGGCCUGGAAGAGACCGAUGAUUGACAACCCUGACUACAAGGGCAAGUGGAAGGCCCCCAUGAUUGACAACCCCAGCUACCAGGGCGUCUGGAAGCCCAGAAAGAUCCCCAACCCGGCAUUCUUCGAGGACCUGCACCCGUUCAGGAUGAGCCCGUUCAGCGCUGUCGGACUGGAGCUGUGGUCCAUGACCUCCGACAUAUUCUUUGACAACUUUUUCAUUACAAAUGACCGCAACGUGGCCGACCGCUGGGCCACUGACGGCUGGGGUCUGAAGAAAGCUGCAGAGGGUGCUGCUGAGCCUGGAUUGGUGGCUCAGAUGCUGAACGCCGCAGAAGAGCGUCCCUGGCUCUGGGUCGUCUACGUCCUGACUGUGGCCUUGCCCCUCAUCCUCAUAGUUGUCUUCUGCUGCACGGGAAAAAAGAAAAGUGAGGCCACGCCAGCAGCAGAGUACAAGAAAACAGACCAAGCUCAGCCUGAUGUGAAGGAGGAAGAAGACGCUGAGGACGACAAGAGCAGCCCAGAAGGCGAGGAGGGCAGCGGCAACGAGGAGAAUCCUGAAGAGAAAGAGGAAGUAGAAGCUGAGAAGGAGGAAGAGCAGGAUGAGGCGACGGUUGAUGAGAAGUUGGAGGAUGAUGUUCUGCGGAGAUCUCCCAGGAACAGGAAGGUCAGAAAGGACUGAUGACUCUAGAGCAGCCCUGACCUUGGUGACCGCCACGCCCCUUCCCUCUUAAUAUUCCCCCCACUACUCCCCCACCCACGUCUCCCUCCUCUCGUGCUCCUGCGGUCCGAGGCCAGGAAGCCUGAAGUUGGAUGUGGAUGGGAAAAGAUUCCAGACCUCCAGUAUGUGGAAGACACAUGAUUCCAAGUGUGAACAGUAAAAGAGUUGGCGUCCUUUAAGAGUUUAGUUUUGAUCCCAGUUCAACCAAAACUUCCUACAUCAUUCCUUCGCAACAGACGAGCAGAAACACCCAGCACCACCCUGAACCACCAGCCCCUCCCAUGAGCAACCUGACAUUUAUUUUUUUUUUAAUUUUUUGGUAAUAUGAGGUGCAAGCUACUAAUUAGCCUGAAUUACGACCUUGCAGGCAAGCUUGGACUGAGCCGACAACCCCUUUGACAACUCUUAAUGAGACGUCAGGCAUCCAUGAGCAGCUUGACCCAAACUCUGGAAAUCUUAAUCAAUUAGCAAGUCAAGAUGAAGGCUACAGAAGUGGGCACUGGUGAUGUCGCGGCUUGAGAACAUAAAAUAGCUGGCAGGCUAACGAUAACAUAAAUCAUUUAGAAAACAUUCCUGCUCCUUCAGCCACCUUUCCCUGCUCUUCGCCUGCAGGACCGUUGGAACGAUGCCGGGAAGUAAACGUUGCAGUUUGAUGUGUGUUGUCUGCCGUACUUGUCACAUCACCACAUGCCUCGCUGAUUGGAAAUAAUUUAUGAUUAGAAAACUGACGUUUUAUUUGGAUUUCAAAGGCUGAAGCGUUCAAAAGUCAUCAAAAAGGUCAGUGGAGCUCUGCACUGACAGGCUGCUGGUGGAACAGGAAGUGAAUGUUGGAAGGUGUUGAGAAGGGAGGAGUUGAAAAAGAUGCAUCAUGUUUGAGGUGUUUCUCUGCAUCCUGGAACAUCCCCCCCAUCGUAAUUGUCCCCCCCUCCCCUUAGCUAGCGAGCUAGUUAGUUAGGUUUGCCUUGGCGGUGGUAUCGUGUUUUCUUGUGUCCAUGUGAAGCAAGCGGCCAACUAACAGACUGAAUACUGUAUCAGAUCCACUCUGUAGCUCUGCUGCUUGCUCACUUUUUUUAAGAAAAAAUAAUUCUUUUUAUGUUUGAAAUGGCUCCGCCUCUUCCUGCUGAGAUGCUGCUGGAAGGUCCAACUUUGACUAGAAAUACUGUGACACAAGCUGAUGUGUGCACUCAGCGUUGUUUUGAUGAAUAAAAAGGCCAAAUGGAACCGGAAGCAAA